AAUAUUUAUAAUGUGCAUUCGGUUUUUGCAUCCAUUUUCCCCAAAUUUAGUCAAAAAUAUUUUGAGAGAUUUGGAAGAGUAUCGGAACGAGGCCUGGCUUAAUUGUAAAGAUUUUUCAGAAGAGAACUAUAUCAAGGAAAAAUUUGCUAAAACCGAAAACACAAGAUAGCUGAAGGAGGGAGGAGGGGGUGGAGGGUUGAGGUGAAGCAAGUAAAACUCGAUAAUCGGUUUAAAAUGGUUUUGUUUUACACGAAAGCUUAAAAAUCUGUCAAAGCAAUCAGAGAGAACAACGAAAAAACAUAUUUACGGUUCACAAAAAGCGGCGGUGGCAAUCCCGCAAAAAUUUAACAAAGGGUGGCCUAAUUAAUGUAGUUUCGGGGUAUUAGGAAGUUUCGGCGAGGUUCGUAUUUCCAAACGUAAAGAGACCGUAAAUGCUCUCAUCUCGAAACGAAGCGAUCAAUGAAGGCUAAGCUUUUGACGUGAUAUUAUCGUCUAGUAUUUUAGGCAUUUCAGCAUAAAUUUCCGAAUAAACUUAUUUAUUUUAAUUAUAAAUUUUGAAUUUGGUAAAUUCUAGAGAUUUAUCUUUGAAAUUAUCGCUAAGAACACGUGUAGCUAAAAGGUGGCUCAGAAGAUCUUGAAAUUUUCGAAAUUCAUCCAUGAGUGAUUAUGAAAUAUUUUGCAAUAUUAUCAGCGCUCAUCUAUUUCGACAUCAUACUAGACGAUGCAAAAGCGCAGUUAUCCAUAGUAAAUGGAACAUUGGCGAAGAUAGGACAAUUUCCAUUUGCAGCUGCAGUUAUAAAUCGUGAAUAUAAUAAAUCCACUUGCUCAGCUACGAUGAUUGCACCGAAAUAUGCAUUGUCAGGAGCCUACUGUUUUGUGGGCGUGCGGACCGGUUUACUUCUUGUGGGUGACGUUGAGUCAUCGCCACCUCAGAAGCCAGCUCCCCCAUCCAGGCAGACCAGGAAAAUAAUAAAGAUUAUACGUCAUCCUCAAGCACGAACUGCAGGCGAUAAAGUUAAUUAUAUCUACAAUUUAGCAGUAUUAGAACUUAAUAGGGAAGUUAUAUCAUCUGAAGGCGUUUCUUGGAUUCCUCUGGCAAAAACCGAUUUGGCGGAUAACUCUAAAUGUGUUGCGAUUGGAUUCGGCUUCCAUAGGAAAGCGGAAGGAGAACAUGACGGCAAAUUACGAUAUGGUACCUUUAAAGUGGACAAGAGUCAAUGCCAUCCACUCCUUACUUGCAUCAAAAGUACAUCUCAAGGAAUAUAUUGGAUGGAUGCAGGAGGCCCAGUUGUCAAUCGAAAUCCCCCAUAUAUUUUAUAUGCUCUAAUCUCUAAACACAUGCACCCUACUAAUAUCGGAAUGUGUGUCAGUAUUUCACAGAACCGCAAGUGGAUUAAAAGUGUAAUACGUUCUGACGUUCUGGGUACCACAAAUUGCGCACAAACCAGGUCUUUUAAUCUGAUUAUUUUCCAAAUGAUCAAAAUAUUCGUUGGUCUUUUGCUAAUUUAAGCCCCUUGUAAUAAAAUGUUGGUGUGGUAUGUUUAUAUUAUAUUGUUAUUCUCUUAAUCAUGUUCAGUAAAUUCAUAUUUUAUGGAUAUUAUUGUCAGUUCCUCAACCACCGAACACAGCAUUGUAUAAUUCAGAUUUGCAUCCUAGCAGAAUCUGUGUUCCAUCAGUGCCUUAUUAAAGUCAAAGUCAGAACCUUUAAUCACUAAUACCGAUUCCUGCA